AUGAUACAAAGGUGGCAGCCUGUAGAGAAUUCCAAACCUCAGAGUGAUGGAAUAACGGGAACUUACAGAGUUGAUGUUGACAUUCCUGCUGAUGAUUGGGCAAAUAUCACCGAGUUCUACGACGUGCUCAUUUUCAACACUGGACACUGGUGGGGUCCAGAUAAAUUCCCAAAAGAGACUCCCCUUGUUUUCUACCGUGGAGGAAAACCAAUCGAGCCUCCACUGGGCAUCUUUGAUGGACUGAAGGUAGUCCUCAAAAGUAUGAGCUCGUACAUCGAAAGGGAGGUCCCAAGUACAACAAUGAAGCUGUGGCGCACACAAUCACCCAGGCACUUUGAGGGAGGCGAAUGGGAUCACAACGGCAGUUGCUUGUCUAAGAGGCUCCUUGAAGAACACGAGCUGGAUUCUUGGUUCGAUCCCAGGUUUGGGGGAGUCAACAAGGAAGCGAGAUUAGUGAACUCAGCGAUCGAGGAAGCUCUAGUCGGCACGGAUAUCCAGCUGCUCAACCUGACCUACAUGAGCGAGUUCCGCGCCGACGCCCAUCCAGCUAUCUGGCUCGGGAAGAAGGACGCGGUGGCCGUCUGGGGGCAGGACUGCAUGCACUGGUGCCUGCCAGGCGUACCGGACGCGUGGGUCGACAUCUUGACCGCGCGGAUCUUGCACUACCUCAAGCAGGGCAAUGGUUGACGCCGUGUGCGCUGAAGUUCAGGCCUGUAAAUUGACUGCUGGAAGGAAGAUAAUGCUGAGCAACCGAUACGAACCCGAAUUUUCAUCUGAAGGCGAGAUGAGAUCGUUCACUAGAGCGCCGCGAGCCGACUGUUCGGAAUCUUGUUUUGAGAAACAAUGCUGGUGUAGUUGGUCUGUCAUUACUGAUUUUGGGAUUGCGCUUUGGAACAAA